AGGUCCGCUCCAGGGCCAUAUAGUGAGACUCUAUCGUGAAGUAACUGAUAAAUCCAAUACUUUCUUUUCGUACAAUUGCCCCUCGUUUCGAAACCGAGAGAUACGUUACGUUGUUGGAAUUUCUUCCCUGUUACAGUUGUUUUCAGUGAAAAGGAAGGUUUCAUCGGACGAUAUAGAUGAAUGGCCCGAGAGAGACGGGACGAGGAAAUCCGAGUAAAUUUCAAAAACGGGUAUUACCCGGUCAAUCACGUGCCAGAAGAUCAUCUUAAUGUCCACAUAAAACAGAAGAUCACAGCCAGAAUCUGGUGCAUACCCGGAUAAGUCGUCGACGUUGUCGUGUGUUAACACCAGUUUCUCAAGUGCACAUCUAACCACCCUUUUAACAUGGAUGACCUGACCAAAGAUCAAAUUGCCCUGUUGAAGAAGGCUUUCGACGCCUUCGACGCAACAAAGAAGGGUAGCAUCGGCACUGACAUGGUGGGCACAAUAUUGACCAUGUUGGGUUACGAACUCAGCGAGAAAACACUGAAGGAAAUCAUUCAGGAAGUUGACGAAGAUGGUUCUGGUCAACUGGAAUUCGAGGAGUUCUGCACGCUGGCCGCAAGAUUCUUGGUGGAAGAAGAUUCCGAAGCGAUGCAGCAGGAAUUACGCGAAGCAUUCCGAUUGUACGACAAAGAGGGUAACGGUUACAUAACCACGGCUGUGUUUCGUGACAUUCUCCACGAGUUGGACGACAAACUGACGCCACAGGAGCUAGACAUGAUGAUCGAGGAGAUCGACGCUGACGGCUCGGGAACACUCGACUUCGACGAGUUCAUGGAAGUCAUGACUGGCGGUGACGACUAAAUUGCACGCUGGAUAAUUGUAAUAGACAGCGGCCACGAUUAAACACGACAACGCUUGCCAACCUGUUCGAAUCUCUUCGAUCGUCAGUUCAACAGCGGACACCGGGUCAAAUCUUUAACGUUGAUCGGCGAUAACGUCGGCGACAUUUUGUCUUUAAUGCACAGGAGAUGCAAAUGUGAUUCAAUAAAGAUUUCAAACUUAA